CACUGACCGGGACCGAACACACCUCACCACAGGAGCAGGCAGGAGUGAGGAGAACUUGACGGGAUUGUGUACACAGCAGAAACUGAGAAAAAGAAAAGAAAAAAAACAACUUUUACCUGCUGACACUGAGCUGAAGAGAGAUUUGUUGGACCUUAGCUUUCUCUCUCUCUCUCUUUUUUAUGAUCCUGUUUUCAUUUUCGGACAGUUUUGGGGACAUUUGAGAGAUACAACCCGAGCUGCUGAUUAUUGUUCAUUAUAACAGAGAUUGAUUUUUUUUCUAGAAGCAGCCGGUAAGCUUCCACCUUUUUUUUUUGUUUGUUUUGUUUUUUCAUCCUUAACGACUUUAUGUCAACAAAGAUGGAACAGCCUUUUUAUCAUGACGACUCGUUUCUGUCGGCUUACGGCCACUCAGAUGCAGCCAUGCACGACUACAAGGUGCUAAAGCAGAAUAUGAAUUUGAACUUGACAGAGCCCUAUCGCAACCUGAAGUCUCAGCUGAGGGCCGAGGCGGACCCGUACCAGGGGGGGCAGCCGGACGUCGGGUCCCUGAAGCUCGCCUCCCCGGAGCUGGAGCGGCUCAUCAUCCAGAACAGCAACGGGGUGAUCACCAGUCCCACGCCGGGACAGUAUUUCUACAACCGGGGCAUCACCGACGAGCAGGAGGGCUUCGCGGAGGGCUUCGUGAAGGCGCUGGACGAGCUCCACAAGAUGAACCAGAUGCCCCCUCCGAACGUCUCCAUCGGAGCCGGCGGGGUUACGACGUGUUCGGCGGCGGCCUCUAGCGUCUUCGGCUCCGCGCUGCAGCCCGAGGCUCCCAUCUACACGACGCUGAACGCGUACUGUCCGAACGCGAGCACGCUCUCUUCCGCCUCCAGCUACCCCACCGCCACCAUCAGCUACCUGCCGCCUCACCACCAGCAGCAGCAGCAGCAGCAACAGCAGCAGCAGCAGCAGAGCCACACACAUACCUCGGCGCCCGCGGGACACCUCUUCCAGCACGCGCACCUGGGCUCCGGCAUGCACCCGCAGCGGCUGGUCGCCCUCAAAGAGGAGCCCCAGACCGUGCCGGACCUGCUCAGCAGCGACGGCUCGCCGCCGAUGUCCCCCAUCGACCUGGACACCCAGGAACGCAUCAAGGCGGAACGCAAGCGGCUGCGGAACCGACUCGCCGCCACCAAGUGCAGGCGGCGCAAACUGGAGCGCAUCGCCCGGCUGGAGGAGAAGGUCAAGGUUCUGAAGAGCGACAACGCCGGGCUGUCCAGCACGGCGUCAGUGCUGCGGGACCAGGUGGCCCAGCUCAAACAGAAGGUCCUGACGCACGUGAGCAGCGGCUGUCAGCUGAUGCUCACCAGCAAACUCGAGGCGUUUUAGGGGCCACGAACUCACACACGGACUGCUAAAUGACUGAAAAGUAAUAAACACUGGAGGCACGUUCCGCGACGUGCGGCACUGGACGGCACGGCCAGCCGCACGGAGCCGACUGCAGACCGCUCUGAUCCGGACUGAUUUGAAAUGGUACUUUCGGAUGCUGGUCACCGCUCAUAGGACCGUUCAACACUUCAGCAUCCAGGCCGAGCAACACGGCGGGCGCUGGUCCACAUUAAGUCGGGUUUACUAAUGGUAGAAAAUGGGAAUGAUUAUUGUACUACUUUGUAGUUUUUUUUUGUUUGUUUUGUUUUGUUUUGUUUGCAAUGCUGCAUUUAUUCUUUGUAAGUUAUUUUUGUUUGCCCGGUUGAUCCAGGCAAACUUUUGUCCAAUGUUUACAUUGUCUUUUUAUAUAUAUAUAUUAUUUGUGACGUGUAUUUAAGUAAAUUGUCUUUUGAAAUGAAAGAAAA